AGCUCCGCCCUCCGGUUGGCUCUCCCGCCUCUUACCCGGUCCCACUGCACCCGCCGCGCUGCCAACCACCGGGUAGAGUCAACAUGGUUCAUCCACCGAAGCUGUAGGCGACGAUAAAGACACCUCUCCGUUUUCAACUGAAUCCAGAACAGACACUGCCAAAAAAGACUGAAGCCUGAGAGAAACACUGACUGAAGAUUGUAUCAGGAUAUCUCAGGUUACUGCUAGAGGGACUGUGAAGAUGUCAUUGACCACCGCUCUCCAUCUCCUGGCAAUGGUGGCAAUGUGUGACCAGGUUAAAUCUCAUCGCAUCAACUUCUACAAUGUCAAACCUCCUGUGGAAGCCACUCCGUUCCCUAAGAGCUUCAAGUGCUUCACCUGUGAGAGAGCUGUGGACAACUACACCUGCAACCGCUGGGCUGAGGACAAGUGGUGUCCACCGAAUAGCCAGUUCUGCAUGACAGUGCACCAUUUCACCAGUCACGGCAAGACCAAGUUUGUGACCAAGAAGUGUGCUGCUCGUGAGGAGUGUCAUGCGUCUGGCUGUAGACACCACAGGGACACGGGUCACACUGAGUGUGUGUCAUGCUGUGAGGGUAUGAUCUGCAACGUGGAGGUCCCUACCAACCACACCAUUGCUGUGUUUGCCAUGAGGCAGCAGGCCUACAGCUCAGCCCCAUCCCAGACUCCUGUUAGGACGACAUGGAGCUGCUGCUGGCUGACGUUACUGCCCACUCUGGGCCUGGGGCUGACCAGGCUGGUCCUACUGUGAAACUACUGUCCCUCAGACCAGGUCCCUAUAGAGGGGACCAGACUGGACCAGACCUACAUGUCCCUCAGACCAGGUCCCUAUAGAGGGGACCAGACUGGACCAGACCAACAUGUCCCUCAGACCAGGUCCCUAUAGAGUGGACCAGACUGGACCAGACCAACAUGUCCCUAAGACCAGGUCCCUAUAGAGGGGACCAGACUGGACCAGACCAACAUGUCCCUCAGACCAGGUCCCUAUAGAGUGGACCAGACUGGACCAGACCAACAUGUCCCUCAGACCAGGUCUCUAUAGAGGGGACCAGACUGGACCAGACCAACAUGUCCCUCAGACCAGGUCUCUAUAGAGGGGACCAGACUGGACCAGACCAACAUGUCCCUCAGACCAGGUCUCUAUAGAGGGGACCAGACCAACAUGUCCCUCAGACCAGGUCUCUAUAGAGGGGACCAGACUGGACCAGACCAACAUGUCCCUCAGACCAGGUCCCUAUAGAGGGGACGAGACUGGACAGGACCACAUGGAGGAUGUGUGUUUUUACAAGUCUAAUGGUAAUCUGUGAUAAAGAUGUCACAUGGAUCGAUCAAUGACAAAGGACUACAGCAGUGUCAUAAUGACUGAUGCUUGGUUUACCAAUGACCACUGAUGGUGGUCCUGGCAAUGCUAAUCAGGUGUUCAGUGUUUGGGAUUCCACAUGGACCAGGAAGAGGAAAUGAACUGACUGAACACAGGCAGGAACAGCAUGCCCCAUUCCCUUUGGAUUAGGGAGAAUUUGGGGAAACGAUCAAUGAAAGACAUGGAAUCUGGAACUUAGCUCUGUCAAAGUCAAUUUAUGAAUACUUGAUACACAGUAUGUCACAAAUAAGAUACAUUUUGCACAUGAAUGUUACGAAAUAUUGUUGCUUGUAUUUUUGUAUAACAUAACUUUAUAUAACAUAACUAAAAUAAAAUGCAAAGAAUGUGAUUUAGUUAAAAUGUAAAAUUCUGUAUUUGUUGCUUUACACAAUAACAUACCUGAAAUUACAGUGUUACAUUUACCAGAUUAGAUCAUCUUUAAAUCUCGAGACUACAUUUACCAGAGGUAUUAUCUCUUUAAAUCUAGAGACUACAUUUACCAGAGGUAUUAUCUCUUUAAAUCUAGAGACUACAUUUACCAGAGGUAUUAUCUCUUUAAAUCAAGGGACUACAUUUACCAGAUGUUUUAUCUCUUUAAAUCUAGAGACUACAUUUACCAGAUGUAUUAUCUCUUUAAA